GCUGUGGGUAACUCACUGCCAUAUGAAAUUUCGCAGCAACUUCUUUACAAAUGACGUGAAUGUACAUGUGAAAAAUAUAUAUUUUAGACCCUUUUUGCACUUCAAAACAAGGAGUAUCUGAGUCCUUGCUGCCUCACCUGGGAGGGACCCACUCCAAAGUGGUGUUGGUGGCAGCAGAUGGAAAGAUCCUGGCAGAGACAGAGGGACCAUCCACCAACCACUGGUUGGUUGGUGUGGACAAAUGUAUUGAAGUCAUCAACGACAUGGUCCAGAGAGCCAAGGUGGAGGCAGGGCUGGAUCCAAACACGCCACUAUGCUCAUUGGGAAUGUCACUGAGUGGAGGGGAGCAGAAGGAUGCUAUUGACAAACUGAUCUCUCAGAUGAAGGAACGCUUCCCCACUCUCAGCCAGCACUACUUCAUCACCACCGAUGCCAUCGGCGCCAUUGCGACUGCCAGCGAUCGUGGAGGUGUAGUGCUGAUAUCAGGGACCGGCUCUAAUUGCAAGUUACUCAAUCCCGAUGGCUCCCAGAUUGGCUGCGGAGGCUGGGGUCACAUGAUGGGUGAUGAAGGAUCAGCGUUCUGGAUCGCUCAUUCGGCGGUGAAGACGGUGUUUGAUGCCAGAGACAACCUGGUCGCUCCCCCUCACGACGUUACACGUGUCACAAAAGCCAUGGAGGAAUACUUCCAGGUGUCAGAUCUGAUGGGCAUGCUGCCGCACCUCUACAGAAACUUCCAGAAGUCCCAUUUCGCUGGUUUCUGCAAGAAGCUGGCUGAAGGUGCAGUAGCAGGGGAUGCUCUCUGUCGGUAUGUGUUCACUCAGGCUGGGAGAGUCCUGGCAAAACAUGUUGAAGCAGUUUUACCUGCAGCACAAGAGCCUCUACUGAGUAGUGACCUCGGCCUGCCCAUCCUGUGUGAGGGCUCAGUGUGGAAGAGCUGGGAGCUUCUGAAGCCCGGGUUCACCGAGGUCUUGGAUAAAGUGGCGUCAUCUGACAAGUUCAAGGGUCGUUUCCGUGGCUACAGCCUCCUGAUUUUGCAGCAAUCUUCGGCCCUCGGAGGCGCUAGUCUGGGGGCUCGGAGCAUGGGCGCCACCAUAACUAUGGAUUACACAGCUAACGUCGACAUUUUCUACCGACACACUUUCAAUAGCAGCCAAUGAGAGUUCAAACCAAUCAGUGCUCAGCUAAAGGGAAAAUGUAUGGGCCAAGAUAUGAUUAUUAUCAUCCUCGCUAAUAACUCUUACUAUAAUGAUAAUGAUCAUAAAGAUUGUGUAAUAAUUGCACUUUAUUUUAUCUCACUGCACGAUACCAAGACUGUGGUUGAACAAAGUUUUUUUUACAGCUCCAUGCCGGUUAUUCUGACAGUGGAAUCAAUAUUACUUUAAUUUGGACUGUCUAGACCACUUGUUUACAUUUGACAUUUAUAAUAAAAAUACUGGCAACUUGA